AACCGGGGCCUGCCGGGAGGAAGCGGAGGGACGCCCCACAGGAAGCGAGGUAGGGCGGCGCCGCCGCCGUAGCGCUGCGGCGGUCGAGCCCGGGCCGCCUCUGAGUCACCCGAGCGGCCUGCGCGGGCGGCCUGAGCCGAGCCGCGCCGCGGGGUGCCGGGCCGGCACCUCCUCUCCCUCUCCUCUCCCCUGCGGCCUGCCGCCGCGCUCGCUGCUGCUGGUGACGCCUCGGGAGCGCAGCCCAGCUGCUGGUAGCGCCGCACGGCCGGGGAAGCAAGCGGCAAUACUGGCGCCCUCCUGAACCUUAUUGUAUGCAAGUGAGUAAACGCAAGAAUGUAUGGAAAGCCAGGAAGCCUCAUAACCACAAUUCAAAGAUCACAAACAACUGUCCUGUAAAAACAAGGGGGCAAAAACAAUCCUACUUGGCAACAAUGAGGUAUUUUCACUUCUGUAAGCUUCCAGGAAGAGUUAUGGGAGUCCGUCUACUACGCUUCACUUCUGUGGUGAUCAUUGUCUUGCUUCUUGUGGCAGGUGCUUUAACAGCUUUGCUUCCCAAUAUCAAAGAUGACAAAAUGCCCAAUUUGAGAAGGGAACCAAAAAGCCAGAGUCAGUCUGCCUUGGAUUCAUUUACUCUUAUUAUGCAGACAUAUAAUAGAACUGACUUACUGCUAAAGCUUUUAAAUCAUUAUCAAGCCAUCCCCCACCUUCAUAAAGUAAUUGUUGUGUGGAACAACAUUGGUGAGAAGAUACCAGAGGAAAUGUGGAAUUCCUUGGGGCCUCAUCCUGUCCCUGUUGUCUUUAAAGUUCAAACUGUAAAUCGCAUGAGGAACAGACUCCAGAAUUUCCCUGAACUGGAAACAAAAGCUGUUUUAAUGAUGGAUGAUGAUACACUAGUCAGUGCUCAUGACCUUGCUUUUGCCUUUUCUGUUUGGCAGCAAUUUCCAGAGCAUAUAGUGGGAUUUGUUCCUAGAAAGCACAUUUCUACUCCUUCAGGUGUAUACAGUUAUGGCAGCUUCGAAUUGCAGAAUCCUGGGUUUGGAAACGGAGAUCAGUAUUCUAUGGUUCUUAUUGGUGCAGCAUUUUUUCAUAGUGGAUAUUUAGAAGACUUUCAAAGACAGCCAGAAGCUGUUUACGCCUUAAUAGAUGAAACUCAAAAUUGUGAUGAUAUUGCCAUGAAUUUUCUCGUAGCCAAGCAUACUGGUAAGCCUUCAGGAGUGUUUGUGAAGCCUGUUGAUAUAAGAAAUUUAGAAAAAGACACCAACAGUGGCUAUUCUGGAAUGUGGCACCGAGCAGAGCAUUUGUUACAGAGAUCUUACUGUGUAAAUAAACUGGUUAAUAUUUAUGAUGGCAUGCCUUUAAAAUAUUCUAAUAUCAUGAUUUCUCAGUUUGGUUUUCCUAAUUAUGCCAAUCACAAAAAUAAAAUGUAAGCCAAUGAAUUUAAGGGGUUAGAUGUUAAACAAUACUCAGUGAAUUGUACUGAGUUCAAGGAGAGAAGAAGGUGUAAUUACUGCAUCUUGGUUGUCCUUAUUUGUAGCCUCUGAAUUUUUUCCAUAUGGCUUUUUAUAGGGUUUUUUUUUUCCUUUCUUACUAAUUCUCCAAGGUAAGUUUUGAGAAAACUUAAAGAAUAUAUACUAAUGUUUAGCUGUGAUAAAAUCAUCUUCUUUCCUUAAAACCUGAAAAGCUAUUACAAUUAAUUAGGCCAGUUCUUCAGAAACAUGCAGACAAAAAUGCACUCCUACCCUUUAGUGCUUCUGUUGUUUGUUUGUUUUGUUUGGAGUUUUGGGGGGGUUGGUGUUUGUUUGGUUUUGUUUUUUUUUUUUAAAUAUAUGUAUCUAGUCAAAUGAGGUCUAGGCAUAUUUUUGAUAGUUGUAUGUUGAGAUGCUUCCUUGCCUUCCACCUCCUCUCCUCACCUCCUCCUACCCAGUUCCCAGUGAAACUAUAGAAGGGGUAUAGUAAAAUCUUGGCCAGGCUUCUAGACUCCUGUACAAAACCCCUUUGAAGUUUGUAUAUAGGCUAUUCUGUAUUCCGAGAUGUUCCUGAAGCUGCUAUGAAAGCAAGCCGGAAAGAGAGUACCUCACCUUAGUUGCAGAUAGUUCUAAAACCAUUGCCUCCAAUAUCUACUACUGCUGAAAUAGUGGAAAAUGAUCUCUGAUGUGGCUUUUAUCCUAUUAUUUGUUCACCUAGAGUUGCUGAAACACUGCAAACAGCUGAAAGGUAAAACCUAGUACUUGGAAAUGUAAGAAACAUGAAUACAUGAAAUACGAAACUUACGUAAGCAGCCAGAAGAAGUGGAUGGGAUGUUACUUACUAAUACUUUCUUUAGUACUUAGUUUUAUUUUGAUAUUUUGCAUGUACAUUGUUACAAAAAUGUGCCCAAGAAAAUCCUCACUUUUAAAAAAUGUCUUAUUUACAAUUCCUAUUAAGAGCAAGCUGUUCUACAUUUAUUACAGAAUGUACAUUUUGUAAUAUUACAGGUCUACUGUUUUUUUAACUACUCUUUCAAAUGAGUGUUUGCUUUUUGGUUCCUUUCAUCUGUUUUUAGUGGCUAUGACAACAGAAUUAAAAUGUGCAAUGAAUGGGUAAAGCAUUUUAAGGUACAGUGAUAUUUGAUAGGGCUGGACUAUUACCAGUCUCUGAAUUCCCUGGCUUCAUCUAUAGCAAGAAACAGAGCUAUUAUUAAUAGCUUUUGUUAGAUCGGGACUCCAUAGUUCUGGACAGGUGUUAAUAUAGACAGGACAAACCUUUUCCGUUGCAGUUACAGAACUUUUUUGUGGUAUGGAGGAAAGAACAAAAGACAGCAAUUUUCCUGGAUCACAAGAGAGGAAUCAAAUCUGGCAUCCAAAGUAGAUUUAGUUUCAUCUGCAUCAGCUUUUAAUUGAUUCUUAGUUCAAAGGUAUCUAUGGGCAAUCAAUAACAGCUAAUGCCUAGUACACAAAUAGCAUCUGCACAGAUGGUGUAUAAUUUUAUAAUUUUUUUUUUGGUAGUAAGUUAGCUGAACAAAGAGGGGUUGAAAAAUGUGACAAGUUCUUUACAGCAGGGCUGAAUCUGGGUGUGAGUCUUUGGGUUUCUUUGGGGGAACGGAGGAUUCUUUUGCCUUGUACUAUCAGUGUUAAAGGAUUUGUUUUCUGUUCAGUGAAGUCUUCCUAGUACUUUUGUAAGAUUUGAAGAGCGAAAUCUUAACAUGGCAAUGCAAAGUCUGCUUAAUUUUGUUGUAAUAGUGAAAAGUAGAUUUUAAUUAUUGUACUGUAGUGAUAUGUACUGUACAAACAGGUCUAUGAUCUUUCCAAAAAUGCAACUUUCCUAGUGGUCGUUUACUGCAUUUCAUUUAGUACUGGUCUUCUGUAGUUUCUGUUCUGUUUACUGCAUUUCAUUUAGUACUGGUCUUCUGUAAUUUCUGUUCUGUGCAGUAUCAACUAGAAUUGUUAAAACUCAAGAUGUUGUUUACCUUACUUUUAAAAUGUGAAAUGAACUGUCAAUUCAGCCAAAUCUUAGUAUUGGUUUCUUUGUAUGGGGGAAGGAGUUGUUUUGGUUUUGGGGUUUUUUUUGUUCUUCUGUGUAAGUGCAAGAAUUAAUAGAACAAGCUUUUAUUAUACUGGUAAAUUUAAUUUGUACCAUUGUCAAAUAAAAUACAUAGAACAGA